CUGUAGUAAACGUGCACAAACAUUUAAAUAAUGUUGAAGAAUCCAAAGUACGUUUAUGGUCGCAUAGACCGGUAUGUGACCGCUUCCUUGAAUUUUGGUGAAUUCAUAUUGAAUAAGAUACAGGAAAAUCGCGAUAAAAUUGCUCUGAUAAAUGGAUCAACGCACGAACAGCUCACGUACGGGGAAAUCGCGCAAGAAGCGAUGAAUAUUGCCAUCUCGCUCGGACGUAUGGGCAUUAAAAAGGGAGACGUGAUCGCAGUCAGCUCGGAGAACAGACGGGAAUUCUGGAGUAGCAUUAUAGGAAUCGUCUGCUCUGGAGCCGUCGCUACUACUAUUAAUAUCGGAUAUACAAAUGACGAACUCAAACACGUGUGUGGUAUAGCGAAACCAAAAUUUAUCUUUCUGUCACCUCUUGCGUACAAAACGCACGCGAAAAUCUACAAAGCCUUGCCUUACUUGAAGAAAAUCAUUAUUUUCGGCGACGACAGGCUUCCUAAUACAAUUCUAUAUAAAGAUAUAGCUUUACCAAAUAAUGGCGGAGUUAAUGACAAGAAAGAAGGCUAUGGAUUAACGGAUAAUAUUAAGUACGAGGACUUCACACCGGCGGAUGUGGACACGAAUAAUGACACAUUAUUCAUUUUAUAUUCUUCCGGAACCACGGGUCUGCCUAAAGGAGUAAUGAUAACACACCUCAACGUCAUAACACUGUGCUCACCCAGUACACCGAUUCCCACUCUCAAGGGUCUAUCAAUAACCCCCUGGUACCACACCAUGGGUCUCGUCAGCACCUUGGCCGGGUUCACAAAAGGAAGCACGACGGUGUACCUUCCCAAGUUCGACGUGGAUCUAUAUUUGAAGACUGUGGAAAAAUAUCAGAUAUCACAACUAACUGUAGUACCAGCUGCGCUCAUAGCUUUAUGCAAGUGUAAACUGACGUACGACACGAGCUCUGUACUAAUGGUAUUCUGCGGGGCUGCCCCGUUAUACGAAGAAACUGCUAAGGCUGUUAGAGAAAGAUUCCCGAGCGUCCAAGCCGUAUUACAAGGGUACGGGAUGACUGAGACGACUUUGGCCAUCACACUCAAUUUUAAUCCAGACAAAAUUGGCAGUGUAGGAACUGUCAUAUCCCACACAGUUGUUAAGGUAGUGAAUCCAGAAACGCGCGAAGUCCUAGGCCCCAACCAAGAGGGAGAGAUCUGCGUUAAAAGCGUCAUGGUAAUGAAAGGCUACAUCGGCAAAGACAGGAAGGAAGACUUCGAUGAUGAAGGGUUCCUCAGGACCGGAGAUAUCGGCUACUAUGAUGAGGAACAGUACUUCUACAUCGUAGACCGGUUAAAAGAACUCAUCAAAUAUAAAGCUUAUCAGGUCCCUCCAGCAGAAAUAGAAGCUUUACUCCUCAGACACCCCGGCAUACGCGAGGCAGGUGUAGUGGGUGCCCCCCAUCCAACCGCUGGUGAGGUUCCUAUAGCCUUCGUCGCUUUGCAGCCUGGAUAUAACCUCACUGAGAAGGACAUUCAGGACUUUGUGGCUGAGAAGCUUUCCAACCCAAAGCACCUAAGGGGUGGCGUUAGAUUUAUAGAUGAAAUACCAAAGAACCAGACCGGGAAGAUGUUGAGACGGGAACUAAGGAAGAUGGUUAAGACCAAGAAAAGUAAACUUUAGGUAGAAUUUACCCGUCUGAAUCUCCAAACUAUCAACGGAAUAUCAUUCUUCUAUGAAAUGUUCUAAAUUCUUAAUUAAGUUAAAUUUAGCUUUAUCUAAGCACAAUACAAAUAACAUAUAAUUUUCUGUUAUCUAUCUUAGCUUAUAUAAGAAUAGAAAACGAAAAUUUACAAGAAAUAACCUAUUUUGUAACAUACUCGUAACUAAAAAGAAUGAAAUAAAUGUUUUCUACAUGUUUAAGUCGGUGGAAGCAGGAGCAAGGAGGUUAUCAGUAAUUAAUUUAAGAUAUAAUAAGUAAAAUAUAUUUGUUUUUUUUAAGUUUGA